AUGACCGGUUGGAACAAUGUCGCCUUUAUGCACCUGUGCUUGGCGACUUAUUUCUCCCCGCCUGACCUGGUGUGCCUGAUACUCACCAGCAGAGACGCGUUGGACACGUACGGGAACGCGGAGACUUACCGAGCCGUAUGCAAGUCGUACUUCGGACUUGCAGGCCGGCGUGGACACCUCACUAGGAGGCAACGAGGGAAGAAAGGGGUAUGGGGUGCGGGGGAUGGCGCAAAGGCGAGGCUUAGUUUGUUGUGGCAGGAGCGAACGAGGAACAACGUUUUGCAACUGCAGAACGCCCACCUUUUGCAACAACGGGAGCAUGAGCGGAGGUGGGUUCUGCAGCAAGCGGCAGCGGUGAUGCGAAGGUGCGCGUACGGUUCACGCCAACAAGGCAGCGGCUGCGCUCACACCAAGCUCAGGCUUUGGACUUCCGCCAACCUCGUCGCCACCAAGAGCUCCUCCCGCAGAAGCCAGGAGCGCCCCCCGUCCCACCACGGGGUGCGGUGCGACCGGUGCAAGAAGGGACCGAUCACGGGGUCCUGCUUCCGCUGUGCGGCAGGCUGCACAGCAACGGCAGUGCCCAACGACACGAGCAAGUGUCCGCCCCAUGGUGGAAAAAGCGGCGUCGCCAACGGCGUUAGCAGGGGCGUGAGGCGGCGCCAGCAGCAGCAGCAACAGCAACACGAGAAGCCGUCCCCGCUGUCCACCAUCUUGCCGCGAUCUUCGGGCGAAGCGCCGGCGAGGGAAGAGCGCGAGGAGCGAACCGGCGGCGGCGGCGGCGGCUGUGGUUUUGGCAAUGGGUUCUACACGCUUUGCGAGGCGUGUUUUCCCUACAGGCAUCAGUUCCACCCGCCGCACCCCUUCGCGCGCCUGAGGCCCGGGUUCGCAGAGCCCCGCCUGUCGGGCCCAGUUCUUUACGAAGCUGUGUGCGGCGACUGUUCUUUUGGCUCGCUCAUUCUUGUUCGGCCUUUGAAGGCGCGAGAGGCCGCCCCCGGAGACACCGGGAGCGGAGAUGGCGGAGAUCUCUGGGCCGUGCCGGUGCGGGUGGACUCUGCGGGGCCUCUUCCGUUGUCGCAGGCACGUAAUUUACAUUUUGCCCUUCUUGGUGCUCGCGUUAUCGUCUGA